AGUCCGUGCACUGUACUUGGUCAAUUGAAGGCCCCAUCGCAACGCAGCCAGACCGCAAAGACGACGACGGUGACCGUGGCAUCAAAGCGAUAGAGUCGGACUGGAAGUAGAGCGAACAGCCGCGCAUUUGGCAAAGCUCUGGGACGAAGAAAGGGCACCAGAACCGAGAAGCACUUAAGGCAGCUCCCCGUCCAUACCGGAGCUCGUUUCGCCAUCAUGAUGGACAUUGAAGGCUUUCGUCGAGCAGGCUACGCCGCCGUCGACCAGAUCUGCGACUACUACGCCAGCCUGCAAGGCAACGAGCAUCCCGUGGCCGCUCAGGUCGAGCCUGGCUUCCUCUCGAAGCUGAUCCCGUCCGAAGCUCCGCAGCAUGGCGAAGACUGGUCCGUCAUAGAGCAGGACUAUCAGACGAAGAUCAUGCCCGGAAUCACGCAUUGGCAGGCUCCCAAUUUCAUGGCUUAUUAUCCUUGCAAUGCGACUUUCGAAGGGGGCCUGGCCGACUUGCAUGCUGCAAUGAUCAGCAAUCCGGGCUUCAACUGGACCUGCUCCCCAUCAGUCACCGAGUUGGAGAUCAUCACCCUCGAUUGGGUAGCAAAGGUGCUCGGUCUCUCUGACGACUUUCUCUCCACAUCUCCCUCUGGACUAGGAGGCGGAAUCAUCUUGGGCAGUGCGAGCGAAGUGUGCGUCACCAUGGCAAUAGGAGCGAGGGAGAGGGCGCUGCGCGCGCUGGCCGAGGAGCACCCGCCGCCGCAGACAGAUUCGACUAACAGCGCAGCUGCGGGACCCAGCAAUGCGGCGAAGGCAAUCGCCGCCUCCGCCACGGUGCUGGCUAACAGUGCCCUCUCCAAAUGGCGUGGCAAUCUGGCCUCCCGCCUCGUAAUGUACGGCACGACUCAAACCCACAGCAUAGCAGCGAAGGCAGCCAUCAUUCUGGGACUCGACUUCCGUGCCCUCGAAGUGACGAAAGAGGACGGCUUCGCCCUGCGAGGCGCUACGCUGAGGGCCGCACUGCUUGAGGAUCAGAGCGUUGGUAGGGUGCCGUUCAUGCUUGUCGCUAGUCUGGGCACGACCUCUUCGGGAGCUGUUGAUAAUCUCCAGGAGAUCACGGAGGUCGCAAAGGACUUCCCAUCGCUCUGGGUUCACGUGGACGCUGCGUACGCUGGUGUGGCGCUUGCACUGCCUGAGCUGAGGGAGCAGUGCUACAGUGAUGCACUUCGCCACGUCGACUCCUUCUCAACCAAUCUCCACAAAUGGGGCUUGGUCCAAUUCGACUGCUCGCCCCUCUUCCUCCGCGACCGUGGCGUCUUGAGUUCGGCCCUCACCGUCACGCCUGAAUACCUCCGCACACGCCAGGGGGACGCAGGGUCCGUACUGGACAUGCGCAACAUGCAGAUUCCCUUGGGAAGGAGGUUCCGCAGCCUCAAGAUUUGGUUUGUGCUGCGCAGCUACGGCGUGCAAGGAUUUCAGGAGCAUAUCAGGCGGGGGAUCAAGUGCGCGGACGUGUUCGCUGGGUUGAUGGGAGAGGACGAGAGAUUCGAGAUGGUAGCCCCGCCUAACUUUGCGUUGCGCGUCUUCCGUCUGACAAGUGCGGGUGCGGCUGGUGGGGAAGACGUCGACGCCCUCAAUCGUCGCUUCUGGGACAUGCUUCAGACGCGCAACUCGGAGCUUCUCCUCACGCAGACAGUGUUGCCAGACGUGGGCUUCUGUAUCAGACUGGUGCCGGGGUCGACGCUUUGCAGAGAGGAGCACAUGCAUGCAGCAUGGAAGGUCGUGAAGGAGUGCGCUGACAAGACGCUCGGCGUGCAGUAGAUGGACACGAAAGCAGCGUAAUGCUUCAUCCCUGUAUACUAUUCAGAUUCAUGAGAUGCUCGCCAUAAUACAUGCGGCGACUCAAACAUCGUACGCGAGCUUCUCCAUCC